CGAGCGUCGUCGCGUCCGGGUGACGUCUCCGGCGGGCGUCGGGCGGGGUCGUCGGCGUCGGCAGCGGUGUCGGCGGUGGCGGCGGCGGGUGGGAAAUGGCGGAGUACUUGGCCUCCAUCUUCGGCACCGAGAAAGACAAAGUCAACUGUUCAUUUUAUUUCAAAAUUGGAGCAUGUCGUCAUGGAGACAGAUGCUCUCGGUUGCACAAUAAACCGACCUUUAGCCAGACCAUUGCCCUCUUGAACAUUUACCGUAACCCUCAAAACUCUUCCCAGUCUGCUGACGGUUUGCGCUGCGCUGUGAGCGAUGUCGAGAUGCAAGAACAUUAUGAUGAGUUCUUUGAGGAGGUUUUCACAGAAAUGGAGGAGAAGUAUGGGGAGGUGGAGGAGAUGAACGUCUGUGACAACCUCGGAGACCACCUUGUGGGGAACGUGUAUGUCAAGUUUCGCCGUGAAGAAGACGCAGAAAAGGCUGUGAUUGACUUGAACAACCGCUGGUUUAAUGGCCAGCCGAUCCACGCCGAGCUCUCCCCCGUGACCGACUUCAGAGAAGCCUGCUGCCGCCAGUACGAGAUGGGGGAGUGCACGCGGGGUGGCUUCUGCAACUUCAUGCACCUGAAGCCCAUCUCCCGGGAGCUGCGACGGGAGCUGUAUGGGCGCCGGCGUAAGAAGCAUAGGUCGCGGUCCCGCUCCCGGGAGCGUCGCUCUCGGUCCCGAGACCGCGGUCGCGGCGGCGGAGGUGGCGGUGGCGGAGGACGGGAGCGCGACAGGAGGCGGUCGAGAGACCGGGAACGGUCUGGGCGAUUCUGAGCCAUGCCAUUUUUACCGUAUGUCUGCUAGAAAGUGUUGUAGUUGAUUGACCAAACCAGUUCAUAAUGGGAAUUUUUUUUAAAAAACAACAAAAAAAAACAAAGAUGGGUUUCUGAAUAAAAUUUGUAGUGAUACAGUG